CUUUUCUAUUUCUCCGGACAGCAUUUCUAAUGUUUUUGUAGUUUACAUUUGCGAAAUCGCUGCGAAUUUGUGUUAAAAGAAACAAUUAAAAAUGAAGCGAUCAAAGCAUAAAGUGAAAACUGAAACGCCAGAAACUUCUGCACCUACUAAGCCAGAAGAAGUACACGAUUUGGCAUACUAUAUUCAUGAUCGAGUCGAGUUGGUGCACCAAGUAUUUUCUGUGAUUAAAUACAGAGAAUUAAAGAGUAUAUUACCGGCGAGCAUUAGAAAUAUAAGUAUAGACGACCUGCAGGAACUAUGCACAGAAGAGCUCCUAGGUAUAAGUUCAAAGCGUCUCCUAGCAAUCUUAGACGGAGCAGAGCCCCCAUCGGACACGGAGUCCUCCAGCCCGUCUCCUCCACCGGAGUUAGAGACUAUAUCCCUGGACAGCAUAUCCUCAGAUGAGGAGAUUCUCAGCCAGUCAAGCAGUAAGAAGAAAAAGCAUAAACAUCGUCGCCAUUCUAAAUCGAAAAAGCACAAGAAAUCCAAAGAGCAGGAUGAUUCCGACACGGACAGGAAUAAGGCGUCACGAGCCGGACUCACUGUGCUCGAACUGCUAGAGUUACAGGCACGAGCGCGCGCGAUACGAGCACAGUUACAGAAUGAACAGCAAAAUAAGCCAGUAUCAGAGAGUACAUCGAAGGAGCCAGUCUCCAACUCCUCAGACAACGAGGUGGAGAUCAAAGAGGAGCCAGCAGAGGUCGUGGAGAUCAGCAGUGAUGACGAGAAACCUAAUAUAAAGGAGUUGGAAUCCAAAGUGACUCAACCGGCUGCGGAAACCCAACCCGCGACGGUGACUAAAAAAAUAAACGACCUCAUCAUCACGGUACCACAAAAAUCCAAACAAAAAAUCAAAUUGAACCGCCAGAAAUCCAAUAUUACUACAAAAGAGACAGUUGCCAUCACUAAAAACGGUAACACAAGUGUUGCUACACCAAACAAUAGUAAUGAAAAAGAGGAGAAAGCUAAAAAAGAUAAAAGUAAAAAGAAGAGAAAGGAGAAAAUUAGGAAAGACGAUAUAGACAAUGACGAGAUUACUCUACAACUCUCUGAUACGGAGAAAAUGGAUCUUCUAGAAGAUUUGGACCGAAAGAAUUUUGAUAAUGUAAGUUCCUGUUCCAACUCUAGCUCUGAAUCUAGUGAUUCUGACGCCGCAGAAGAAAAGAAACAAGAAGAAGCAAAAAAAGAUACCACAGAAGAAUUAAAAGAUGAUAUUGUAGCGAAAAAAGAUGACACAGAAGACAUAAAAGAUAAAAGUUCUGACAAUGAUGAUAGUAAGACUGAAAAUGAUAAAAGUAUAGACACUUCUGUCACAAAAGAAGAUAGAAAAUCUUCUGAAGAAGGUGCUGAUAUUAAUAAAGAAGAUAUUCAGAGUGCUGAUGUAUCAGAAUCUAUUGAAAAUAAAAAAGAUGUUACUGACAAAACGUCUGAAGAUGAAAUAAGUUCUGCACAAUGUUUAAAUGUAGAAAAAGCAGCAACUAAUAAUGUUAUAGCAACUGAAUCUACAUCAGAAGACAAAAAAGAUGAGAAAGAAUCAGAAAAAGACCUAUCAGAAGGUGAAUUGUCGGACAGAGAGAGUUCAGAAGUAGAAGCGGUCGAUUUAAAACCAGAAGUAGUUUGCAUAUCCGACGAAGAAGACAAGAAAGGCAAGAAAAAGAAGAAGAAGAAAGAUAAAAAGUCUAAAAAAGAUAAGAAGAGUAAGAAGAAGGAUUUUCGUGAAAGCGCCGACGAGAACUUUUAUACAGAACGAACGGUAGAUGAUAAUUCUGUAAAGACAGAAGAAAAAUGCAAAGGUACUCCUGAAAAUUUAGAUGAAAAGAUAAAUAUGACUGUGGGAGAAGAAGGAAAGGAUAUAAAAGAAGAAUUAAAUAAAGAUAAUAAUGAGAAAUCGUCAAAUAUUAACUCAGACUCGGAUAUAGACGCUGUAUUCGAAAUUAUGGAGCUAUCGGACGAUUCCUCUUGUUACGAAGUCGAAUGUAUAUUAUCAAAAGAACCUACGACGUCAGAAAUUGAAGCAUUAUCAGCUAAAAUAGACGAAAUAGACCGAGAAGAGAUCAUAACACAGAAAGAGAUCGAAGAAUACGAAAAGAGAGCAGCGGAGAAGAGAGAAUGGGAGAUUAUAGAAAGCACGUCGUGGAAAGACAGAUAUUUGGACAGCACUAAAGUGAAAAAAGUAUUGUCAACGGCAAAUAUUUUGAAUGCAAUGAGAAAAAAGAAUAUUGAUCUGAAAAGAAGAUUAGCUGAGUCUAAGAAAGAGAUGGAGGUAGUUGAAGAAGAGAAAGUGGAGAAUGUUCUAGAAGAAGGCACCAUUGAUCAUUACAAUACAUUAGAACCGUUAACUACUUAUGUAGAUCCUGUUAAAGAUUUACCAAAAGAUUUGAAAAAAGAUGCCAAAUUGCUGCUCAAAAUGUAUAAAAAGUUAUUAAAGUACAAUGAUAUUAAUAAGGCCGAUGAUCCCAAUAAGAAGAGAAAGAAAAAGAGUAAAAAGAAUAAGAAGGAGAAGAAGGAGUUAAGUGGAGUUGUUGAGGAGAACGUUUGAGAUGGUUUAAGCGGGUUUCCUUACAGAAUUUCAAGUUCAAAAAUCUUCGAAAAUGCUCAACUGAGUUUUUGUU